GCAAAGUUAACUUGAGGUCCUUCCACCCUUUCAAUGACCCUUCCUGGAGUUGAUUGGCAGAAAAAAGUAUGCUUGGCCUUGCCCUAAAGCAGCAGAAAAGGAAAGCCAGAAAGGAACGAGGCAGCAAGGACAUGCCCACCUACCGCAGCGGCGAAGCAGCUCCGCAGGGCCUCGAACUCGCGCACGCACAGGUCCUUACUCAGGCGGCCUCCUGGGGCAGUGGAGGCCUGCACGCACUUCCCAUACGCCGAGGCCUGUGGGAAGACCGGACAGUACUAGGGUCUGACCAGAGUCGCCACCCUCUUCCGCUUAUCCUGCAGCCCAGCUCUGUCCGCUGCUUACCUCAGCUCCGCAGGCCGCCAGAUGCUCGGGGAAGGCUCGGAGACGGCUCCGCACACGCCCCCACACCGCUCCGUUGACAGACAUGAGCGGUUCUUUCAGGCCCUUGUGGGCGCCGCCAUCUUGGGCCCCGCCUCUUCCGGUGUAGAAUGUGUGAACAUCCGGUCCCUCCGCCGUAUACUGCUUUCUGGUUGGUCAGAGUCGCUGUUCUGUGCUUCUGUAAUUGGUGUUAGUUCUUGUCCGACUCUACCUGGGACUUUGGACUGGCUGAGGCUCAGAUGUUUCCGCCUUUGUGCCCGCCUCCUGAGAACGAUUGGUUGGGGGAACCAGAGAAACGCGACGAUUGGAGGAUCGAAACCUGGCGGAAGCGGGGCAGACUGGGAGGUUACCUGGACCAUGGCAGCCGUUCCGCCGCUGCGGGACCGCUUGAGCUUUCUACAUAGGCUCCCCAUUCUGUUGAAGGGGACCUCAGAUGAUGACAUCCCAUGCCCAGGCUACCUGUUUGAAGAGAUUGCCAAGAUUUCCCACGAGUCACUGGGCAGCAGCCAGUGCCUGCUGGAGUACCUCCUGAACCGCCUAGACAGUAGCUCUGGCCACGUGAAGCUCAAGGUGCUGAAGAUCUUGCUUUACCUGUGCAGUCACGGCUCCUCCUCCUUCAUGCUCAUCCUUAGGAGAAACUCUGCUCUCAUCCAAGAAGCCACAGCUUUCUCGGGGCCUCCGGAUCCUCUUCACGGAAAUAGCUUGUACCAGAAAGUGCGGGCGGCUGCCCAGGACCUGGGUAGCACCCUCUUCUCAGACGCACUGCCACAGCCUCCCUCCCAGCCGCCCCAGAUCCUGCCUCCUGCAGGCAUGGGCGCCCAGGCCAGGCCUCAUAGUGCUCGACAGGGCUUGGGUUACACUAAGGAGAGCAGCCGGACAGGCUCUGCAGGUGAAACCUUCCUCUCCACCAUCCAGAGGGCCGCAGAGGUAGUGGUGAAUGCUGUGCGUCCUGGGCCUGAAAAUCCUUGCACCAAGGGACCCCUGCCACACGGUGAUGCCUACCAGCCUGCAGUGACACCUUCAGCUAGCCACACACAUCCCAACCCUGGGAAUCUCCUCCCUGCGGCUAUCCAGGGGACCAGAGCUGUGAAACACCAGCCCGGGCAGGCUGGAGGAGGCUGGGAUGAGAUGGACAGCAGUCCUAGUUCCCAGAAUUCCUCCUGUACCAGCAACCUGAGCAGGGCCUCGGACUCAGUCAGUCGGUCUGGCAGUGAUAGCCACUCUGGUGCCAGCCGGGAGCCAGGCGACCUGGCAGAGAGGGCUGAGGGCAUGGCCCCAAAUGACUGCCAGCAAGAACUGAAUCUAGUGAGGACUGUGACACAGGGGCCACGUGUCUUCCUGAGCCGUGAGGAGACGCAGCACUUCAUCAAAGAGUGCGGCCUGCUCAACUGUGAGGCUGUGCUGGAGCUGCUCCUCCACCAGCUGGUCGGGACCAGUGAAUGUGAGCAGAUGAGGGCACUGUGCGCCAUAGCGUCCUUUGGAAGUGCUGACCUCCUUCCCCAGGAGCACAUUCUCCUCCUGUGCCGACAGCAGCUGCAGGAACUUGGUGCGGGCAGCCCUGGGCCUGUGACCAACAAAGCCACCAAGAUCCUGAGACACUUGGAAGCCUCCUGUGGACAACAGUUCCCUACCCUAAGGCCCUGUGCCCAGCCCAACUCUGCAGCUGCCCUUGUGGGCCCAGCUGACCUGCUGACCAGCCCUGUGCCUCCCCCUGGGAGCCAAGUCUUCCUCCAGCCUCUUAGUUCCACCACAGUUGUGCCCAGGAGUCCUGUGCCCACUCCAUCCCCAGAUACCUUACCUCCUCCUGCUCUGGAGGAUCCCGGUGAGGUCAGAACCCAAUUGGUAUGUUCUAGUGAACCAGGGACAGGAUCUGAACAGAGGCUGGCGAACACAGACACCCCAAAGGAUAGCUCCAGUCCGUGCCCGUGGAGCCCCAACUCUCUGUUUGCUGGCAUGGAGCUGGUAGCUUGCACCCGCCUGCCCUGCCCCAGCUUCCAGGCAGAUUUGCAGAAGGUGACCACAGAGCCUCCAGUUUCAGAGCCAUCCGCUUUUGCAUUUUUAAACAUGUGACUUUCUGGGCCCCGCUGUACAGAGUCCCCCCUGGCCCUCAU